AUUUAUAUUUUGAAAAGCCGAACGCCAAUCGAAUGAGAAAACGUGACGAUACUCUCUAUUUUCUUAUCCUCAUGGAGAGUUUGGAUAUUCUUUCACUUAAGAAGGGGAAAGGAAAUAAGCAAUUUUUGAAAGAGAAACAACUUCAUUUCUCUUUCUUACUUGGUAUGGAUGUGAUCUGAACUAUGGGCUUGUUUUAUUGCUGGUCAAAGCCGCGCUUCUCUUGUUUGCUCAACAAAAUGAAAUGUGCAAUCUACGCUACGUCAACGAGGUAGAAGCAAGUUGAAAAGAGAGAAACGGAAAGAGAAAAAGUUAAAGUGUUCCCCGACUAAGACCCGACCUGUCGCACAAACGUUGGUUGCGUAUCAAACGCGUUUGGCGCAAGAAUUUUGUUCAGUUUGUCGUUUGAAGAAGACCUGUCGUACCGCGUUGGGUUGCGUAUCGCAUGCAAUUGGCGCAAGAAUUUUAUCCUGCGCGGUAUACAAGCUUGUUUGGGUAACAAGGCUCAUUUUGCAGCAUUAGCUCAACCGAUAAAGUCAUCGAAACGCAGAAACGGACUGCGUAAGAAAGCUGCAGAGAACCAAUUAAAGGUGAAAUAAAAAGGUGGUGCAUUGGAUCCCGGCAUCGAUCUAUUGGAAGCACUAAAUAUACAAUCAAAUAUAUCCCAGUAUCCUGGGAUAACGGUUACGCAAUCCAGAGUUUUCCAUUUAUCAGGUUCUAGCAUCUGGAGAGUGUUUAUUAAACCCAGAGAUAUGCUUAGGGAGCUACGUUUCCAUGAAUUACGCGGAUAUUUUUCUAACCUAAGUUUUUCUUCAUUGUUGAACAUUUCCAUGCUCCUCAAAAUGGUUAUCUUUGAUUUUUUGUUCAAUAAUUUAAAAAAUACUAAUAUGAAUACUAACUCUUCUUAUUUCAGUAUAAAAUUUCAUUCAUAUUCUAUGUGACCCCAUAGAGUUAUUAGAUAUUAAAUAUUCUCUAAGGAAUACAACUUCUCUAGGCGUAUAACAUAUUUAAACUAACCUUUAAUUUAUUUAAAAUAUAUUUAAAAUAUUAAAAAUUUACCCUCAGGGCUUAGUAAAAAAUUGUUUAAAUUUUAUGUUUUUUGUAGUUGUCGAUAAAAACGAACUAAAGCACUAAUAAGAAUGGAAUUUCGCCCAACUGAAAUACCUACGGACAGACUUAUAGACUGUCCAAGGGCCAUGGGUUAUGUAUGAAAUACAUAAACCGAAAUUGGCUGUACAUUUAUCCAGGAAGAAGUCUAGACACUGGCACCACUAUGUUUGUGCCCUUUACAAAUCUGUCUAGACUCCGUCUAUAUUUUUGGCGAACUUUGUGGGGAGGUGAUUAUAUGAUACUUUUGCUAUAGAUUUUUGUUUAUGCGUUCACGUUAGGUUCUCUGCAAAAUGUAUACAUUCAUAUUGGAUUGUUGAUUUGGGGUAAUUGUGCCGUGGCAGGGUUGGGCUGUUUGUUAGCAUUUUUGUGAUAAAUAUGAAGGGGGCGAAAUCUUUAUUGUUUAAAUCAGCGGUUUGCAUACUUGUCAACAAACAAGCCAAGUUGAAGGCAUUGAUGAAUCUACCGGUAUUCUGAAAUGUGUGUUAUUUAAUGCAUGCUUUUAAUAAAUAGUAGCAAUGAAAUUUCACGUAAUGUAAUACUCAUACAUGUAAGUACAGCGGAACCCCUCAUAACAAAUACUCCUUAUAACGAAUUUUUCGCAUAACGUACAAAUCUAAAUGCUCUACGAGUCAAUAUCAUGCACCAUAAAAAGUAUGCAUAAGUGUGGAGGAAAAGUGUAAGGGAAGUGUCACAUUAACACCCACUGCCAGCCCAAAAUUCACGAGGUCCUACAACAAUUGAAAAAAAUCAGGGGCAGGCCGUGGGCGCGUUCACUCUAUGUUCAGAUAACUAUUUUCAGAUCAGAUAGCGGGGAUGAGAGUUUUUUUCUCAGUCCUAAAAAUUUUAAUGUCUGAUCGAAACUACUUCUGCUUCUUUUUCUUCGGGGCUUGAACUCAUAACAGGCAUGUUUUUAAGUCGUUCAAGUUGACGACUGUACCACGAAACCGGCUUAAACACAUUUUAAUGGUAAACUAAAAUCUCUACUCCCACAAUUCUGCCUAGAUGCAAGAGCUUAAACCAACGCCUGAAGUCCAAUGUUGUGGUCCAUUUUGCCCCUUUGUUUUGAUGUGUUUUGACAUUUGGUGUAUGAUCAUCAGUGCUGCAAAAUGUUGAUGUCAAAAUCCAUGUUGACUGAAACAAACUCCAUGUCUGCAUCACGUGAUGACCAGAGAUGAUACUCAAUACGACUGGUGAGAACAAUACACACUUCGUGACAUUUUAGGAACCAACGGUUUGGUCAGCCACUUUGUCAUGAUUUUUUUAAACUGUGAUCAGUUCUAUUCAGACAUAUUCAUGACAAAUUCCGGCUUAAAACAAAAUAAUGUUAGCCUCACGAGCUCUACUGUGAUGAUGAUGGGUGAAACUCAAACAGUUAUGGCGACCAUCACAAGCUUGGUGACAUUGUGUGCGACUAAUUAUUGGUCAGUCACUUGGUGACGACAUUUUCAGUCGGUGAUCAUCACGAUAGUCGUGGGAGAUAUGCGGUGCGAGCGAGUGAUUCCAAUAAACAAAAUGAGCAUGGUUUCUCGCUCUGUUUAACUCGACCGGCAUUAAGUUCAGCUUGUCAGUCAUGGUAUCGCUUUUGACUCAAGCACUCGCAUGUCGUGAUCGCCAUGUCACGACUCACUUUCAUUGAGUAUCAGCAAUGAGCAUCAAGGUACCACGGAUAUGUUCAUUGUUUUCGUUGGUAUAUUCACCAACGAUGUUCAUGACAUUUUGCACUAUAGCAAGGCCAUUUUACAAUACAUUUUCACAACGUUUGAUGUUGAAUUUUAAAUUUCAUUAUAUUCAUUGAUAUUUGUUAUUACUGUUGAAGCAGACAUGUAUUAUGUAUGCUAUAUCCAAAAGGGCAAGUACGAUAUAUAGCAGGCGAUUAAUAAGUUACAUGUUUAAGCUAUCAGAAAAUAUAGUUAGUUAUAAUUUUACCUCAGAACAAGAAGGUUGACUUAUAUUAACUUUAUUAGGUUAUGCGCCCAGAAGUGAAACAUUUCUGAAGAAAUAAUGAAAAAAGUUUAAGUCCCCAAGUUGAAUGUAACGAACUAUAACAGCUAGAAGUUCAGUACCGAACUACUGCUAAUUCGUGAGAAUCUUUGGAAAUACAUCGCCAAGGCAGGACAGGCAGAGCAAACUUCUACCGAAGGAAACGAUGCUGCUGCCGAUGCUUCGUUUAACGAAGUAACGAAGCAGGGAAGCUACUCCGUGUCCGUCCUGAAAACUGGUUCGUAUAAGAAGACAAUUUAUUGUCAUUAUUGUAAGAAACCAGGGUACAAGCAGCGUGAGUGUCGGAAAUUAGCGAGCGAUCAGGAAGCGGGCACAAGGAACACUAAGAACAAACCGAAAUAUACGAAAAAUCCACCCAAGGCAAAGGCGCGAUCGAAUAAGUGAAAAUUACACUUUCAUAGCGAAAAGGACUACGUGAGGAUUCCGAAGCAGAAUCGAUCGAAGUUCGAUGCAGCAGCACAACAGAUUACUUUUCUUGGCUACUCAUCGCAACAGAAAGCAUUUCGAUUCCUAGAUCGAAGUACUGGGGACGUUCUCGGUGAGCUAGUGGAUAGCAGUUCAGAAGAAUUAACGUUAGAUUAUGAGGAUGAUACAGGUGAUGCAUCUUCCGAUGACGAUGCUAUACUCACCGAGCAACUUGAUACCGUUGAACGCCCCCUCAACGCACCGAGUGAACCGACAACAACAAGUAUAUCGAUUCGGGUAUCCAGCAGAGUCAACAGAAGAGUAUCACUUGAACGAUUCGCUAAAUAAAGCAAAAUAGCCGCUCAGACAUCAUGGAAACCACGGACGCUAGCAGAAGCGCUAAUAAGCUCUGUGUGGGAGUAUUGGAAGACCGCAAUGAAUGAGGAAAUUGAUGCGCAACAUGAAAAUUGCACCUGGGAUCUCAUGUGUCUGCCCUCCAACCGGAAGCCAAUCGAAUGUUGAUGGGUUUUCCAGAAGAAGCUGGACGAGCACGGGAAUGUCGCUAGAUAAAAUGCCCGACACGUCGCCCAGGGUUGUAGUCAGAAAUUUAGCACAUUCCGAGCACUUUUGUCGGUAGCAUCACGACGCGGGAUGCAGGUGAAUAACGUCGAUAUCAAAACGGCGUAUUUAUAAGACAAGCUCUCCGAGCCCAUCUACAUGAAACAACCGCCGAGAUACGAAACAGGAAAUCCAUCGGACGUAUGUUUCUUGAGGAGGAGCUUGUAUGGCCUUAAGCAAAGCUGGAAGGGUCUGGAACAAGACCAUCACGAACGUGUUGCACCAGUUACAGUAUGAAGCUACCGAAGCUGAUAACUGUCUAUUUGCGAAGACCACGGGUGAAUUAGCGUUCGUUUUACUCUAUGUAGACAACAUGCUGAUUGUUACCAAUGGUGACAAGGAGUACGAACGAAUACGCAGAUAUUUGGAAAUAAAAAUCGGUCUCGAUCGAAAUCUUGUUCUUCCGGCUGCGGUUUUUCACCGGGCAGUCGAGCAGAUGAAAAAAUCAUCAGAAUUUACCUUUUCCGUUGUCCUAAAGCAAGAACAAUCAAACUCUGGGACCAUAAUAUCAUUUUCCAACGGAAUUAAUAGGUAUUUAGAAUUACAAUCAAGUGGAAGACGUGACGAAAUACGUUUUCAUUACACACACAUAACAGCAGCGGGUGUUACGCAGAUUCUAACGGAAACAUUUCCGUAUCGACUUGCGGACGAUAUCGAGCACAAGGUGUCACUUACUGUUAGCGGCACUGAAAUGCAGCUAUUCAUCGACUGCCAUCCACUGUAUAAAAGAGUGACACAUUUUUUACCAGAUAGAAAUUUUAGUGCUUCCAAUAUGCAAUUAUUCGUCGGACAAAGGAACUCAAAUAGUCAUUAUUUAUUUAAGGGAGAAUUAAAAGAUUUACGUCUUAUAACUGGGUCUUAUGGUUAUUUAUCUCAAUGUGAGUUGAUGGAUGCACAAUGUCCUACUUGUGGACAAUUUUUAGAAUUAGAAAAUGCUUUACUAGAAUUAAAAAAAACAAUGUCACUGUUAACAAAAAGGCUAGUGGAAGCAGAGAAGCGUGUCUCGUAUAUUGAGGAAUGUGAUUGUAAAAAAUCAUGCUUAAUAAAUGGUACAACUAAAAACGAUGGAGAUGCCUGGGAUAUUGGAUGUAGUCGUUGUGAGUGCAGGCAAGGAAUAGUCAAAUGUGGUCCAAGACCAUGUCCAGAGGUUAAAUGUAAACAUCCAGUAUUAAAAGAGGGCGAAUGUUGUCCUGUGUGUUUGAAAAGCUGUUACAUUACUAAGAAAGACUUUGAACAUGGUGAAAUCCAAAUCUUAGGCUGUAGAAACUGUUCGUGUGUAGAUGGUAAUAUGCAUUGUGAAUUCCUGCAAUGCCCCGAGCUGAAGUGUCCACCGGAACAACAAAUGUCAGUAACGGAUGAAUGCUGCAAAUUUUGUCAAGAUACUCCACAUAGGCGAAAAGUACGGCCACACAAACGACCGCAGGGCGGUGGCGGCGGCGGUCAUAAGCGGCAACAUCCCAAAAAUUCUACUCACAGAAACAAACAUUCAAAGAAAAAGAAGCACGAUCAAGCAUUACAGUUGCAUACGACAGAAGAUGUGGAUGAGUGUACUCAACAGGGUGGUCUUAAUGGUAACCACUGUCAUCUUAACACACGAUGUGUUAACACCUUUGGUUCGUACAUUUGCGAAUGUUUACCUGGCUAUCGAAGACAAGAUAAGUUCAACUGCAUAGAGAUGGAUGAAUGCAAGUCUGGCGAGCACAAUUGCCACGAGGACGCAGAUUGCAUUAACACAUUGGGCUCAUUUCAUUGCCAAUGUAAGGAGGGUUACACGGGCAAUGGACACGAUUGUAGGCCCGUCUGCAAUCAAACCUGCUUGAACGGUGGAGAAUGUCGCUCGCCUAAUGUUUGUACAUGUCGAACGGGUUACAUUGGCGAUUCAUGUGAAAAGGAUCUGGACGAGUGUACAACAGGUUUGCACAGGUGUAAGGAUACGACAGAUUGCGUUAAUAUGCCGGGCUGGUACUUCUGCAAAUGCAAGGCUGGAUUCGAAACCAAAGGCAAGGAUUGUGUAGAUAUAGAUGAGUGUUACCUCAAUACGCACAGCUGUCACCCAACGGCCCGGUGCGUAAACACACCAGGGCACUUCACAUGUGAAUGUCCGAUCGACGGCGAUUCGGAUUGCAGAUUAAGCUGUAUGUUCGAAGAUCGUGAACUGAAAGAUGGCGACAAGGUAUCCCCCAGCAAUGCGCCAUGCAAAAUAUGUACCUGUACGAAAGGUGUUAUAAGCUGUGUGGAACCUCCAUGCAACUGUUCAACAUGGCGUCCAGGGGUCGUGAGUGAACUAUGUUGUCCGCAAUGCGAUCCGAAACAAUCUUGCCAACACCAGGAGCUCAAACACGUCACGUUCCGCAGUGGCGAACAGUGGAUAUAUCAAUGUCAAACGUGUGAAUGUUUGUACGGCGAAUUUGACUGCUGGAAUCUUGAAUGUCCUCCACUAAUAUGUGAUAAUCCUAUGCCGGCCGGACCGGCAGAUUGUUGUCCCCGAUGUCCUAACGAUAGGUGUGGUUUUGAGAACCUUACCAAACUAUUAACCAGUAGUAGCAGUGAAGGCGUCGGUAUCGGAACAACAUGUUUAUACGAAAACCACGUAUACCCACCUGGACCAUUUAAAUAUCCGUCCAGAGAUUGCACAACCUGUUCCUGUAAGGUCCCCUACUGUGCCCUACUGAACGGGAAAAUCACCUGCCGUUACGACGAUAAUUGCAGUAUUGCUGACAAUCGUGGUGCACUGCGAAUGGUGGAAGAGCAUCAUGCGAACAAUAGGCUCAACUCUAGCACUUAUAAUCGUAAAUCAUCGCAAGCAACGACUCCAAAGAUGUUGGUGCCCCACCACCACCACCCACAACAGCAACAAAGCUAUCGUUUUCCUCACAGGACACCGACGGCCAACAGUUUAUCGAAAGAAAAUAUUAUCCGAUUCGACCGAAGCAGCAAAACAAAACCAACAGACGCAACCAUUACAUGGGAGGCGUCAUUCAGUGUGGCAGAAUAUGGAAGCAGCACAAUUAGUAGUACGCAGCACCGAGGAUCACAACAAAUGGCCGUUGAUGAAAAAUUUGUUAUUGCCUCGCCCACACACUCUGCAAGUAAAGCAGCGCAAGACGCAAUUGUACAUGCCGGUAUGGCUGUACCUACAAUUUCAUCCGAAUCAGAAACUUCGUUUGAGUAUGGUACUGAAGCAGAACCCAGUAAAGAAAUCUCCCUACCGGCAACAACGUAUACACAAAAUAUACCACGCAAUAGUAACUCAGAAGAACAUAACAAUUAUACAAAGCACGUCUCUUCUGCUACAAAACAACGAACAGGCAUUACAUCUUCAGCAACGACACAGGGCCAGCAAACAAAAAUACAUAAUAAACAACCUUUUUUGCAAAAGUUACCGUUAAUCGAUUCGAUUAGCGGUUUGGACACUGAUGUAGCAACAAGAAGCCGCCGUAACACGAAGCGUAGUGAACGAGGAUGAAGUUAUUUUCGCAAAACAGCCCUUUAAUUCGAACGCAAACCAAAUCUAUUCCAAAAUUAUUUUACGAUCUUACCGAAAAUUUUCGACACAACGAAUUUAUCAUAAUUCAUGUCGUUGGAGCUACUUUGAGAAACUUAUGUAUAUGAUAUCAUACGCACAUAAUUGAAAACUGUAUCGCAUUUAAUUUAACAUUGAUGAAUGCUACGAUAAAUUAUGAUAUUUUUGGGUUUUCACAAACAAAAUUUUAUAGUCUAAAAAACGGAAUAACAUAAAGUACAGUACCCAAAGUAUUAAUCAUUAGUUAACACUCUUAGAUUGUUUCGACCAAACAAAUCAAUCGCUGUUUAAUUUUACUAUCAAUUUUAUGAAGAAAAAUAAUAGCAGUACAGCUUAGCCGUCUUAAAAAAAGAAGUCAGGUCAAAGAAAAAAAAAGUCUUCAAUUCAAAAUUGAAAAUUCGAUUGAUUAUUGAACCACCUUCAAUAAUAUAUUUCAACGCUUUCAACAUUAACAAUAGUUGUAUGUUAUAUAUAGUAUUAAUAUCACUUUAAAUACUAUAUAUAUAAUAUAUAUAUAUAACACAUGUAAAUCGACACUGAAUCCCCAUUAUGUCUAUUAAAGCAGUUCAUCAAGUACAAUUUCAAAAUAGAAUCAAAACCACAUGCCUGUUGUAAUAUUGAUAUCAAUCAGGUUUUGUUAUUUUAAAGAUCAAAUGCUUGUACCGACCGACAUAUAUUCUAAGAAAGAUUCCUCCCCAACUCCGCCUUCAGUCACAUAAAAAAAUAAUAAACAAACGCAAUUAAACAAACGAAGAAGCAGAAAACCAAUUUUAAAGCCACAGGACAAAGUAUGUCAUGUUUUGAAGUUUGUAAAUUAAUUUUAAAAAAAUCAGUCUCUCAAACUGACAUGAGCAACAUAAUCGUUGAAGUUGGUCUGGAUCAAGGUGAAAACUUUAAGCAAAAGUGGAUUUUCAAAGUGGAUAUGAUACACUGUUACGAGUGCUAGACACAUUUCUGUGUUUCAACAUACGUUUCAUAUAACUUCGUUGUAAGCUAUAGAAAGCAGAAGAUGUAUAAACAAGAAAACUAUUCUGGCAAACAUUUCAAUGAGUUGCGGAUUGCAUUACUAUUACUAUGUGUUCGUUAGUUUGGUUAGUAGGCAUCUCUACUGUCUUUCCACACAGUAGUUGAAGUAUUUUUGCGCCAUUUGAAUAAAAAUAAAUAUAAAAAAGGAAUAGUUCCAGUAGGUAGUUUAACAAAUUGUGGCACAUCAGUCACGGUUUUCAACAAAUUGCUUGGUUCUAGUCAUGGACGGAAGGGAACUGUAAGGAUAAUUAUUUAUUAGAGCUACAUAUUCUGAUUUUGUUUGUUAUUCAGUUAUUAAUCUAUGUUUGAACGAUUGGAGACAACAUGUUUCCUAUCGAUGGAAUUUACAAGCCAACCUUAUCCACACAAGUAUUCUGAAUAGACGAUUUUAGGCAGUACUAAUAUUUAUACUUUUCAAUAAUGACCCCUUUUCUAUUAUAAAUUAGAAAGCUUAAAUGUCAGCCUAUCAGUGGAUCAUUAUUCAUCAUUCAGGUUGUAUUUUCCGUACCUAUUUGCCAACUGCCAAGAUUGGCCAUUUGGAUUUCGCCAAAUGUGAACCAAAAAAAGAUACAUUUCAAAAUCGUUUUAUUUCGUUUUUUCUAUUUGAAAUGAAUUACAAUACUAUUAAUACAUUUUCAAAUAUCGAUUCAAAAACAUUUUAACCUUCUUGGACAAAAUAUUUAUGCAGUAGCCAAAAAACAUACAUCAGCUACAUACAUCGAACAUGCAACAAAACAAAUCGGCGUAUUUUUACUCUUUAAUAUUAAUCAAAUAGUCUAGACCAGCGAUGUCAAACUCAUUUGAGCCUGCGGGUCAAAAUGCCACUGAAAAUAGUAGCACGGGUGGCAGCCUAGUUUUACAUGAUAUAUGAUAUGAUAUGAUAUGAUAUGAUGAUAUGAUACAAAAUCAGAUCAUUAACCGCUCUUUUCAUUUUGAGCUGAUAGUUACGUUACUUAAGUUUAGCUGUAGCAGAUUACUUUCAAUUAGGUCAUAGGCCUCUGAUAUUUUCAACAUUUGCAUCAUAGUUUUAUGACAACUAAUAAGUACGCAAAAAUAAUUUGCAAAAACUGGCUAUGACUAACGCGUUAGUUCCAAUACAAAGCAGUAAAUUUUGUAAUGAAAGGUUGAUAUUGGUAUCAUUUUGAUUAUCAAUAUUUUUUAGCUGAAAUUAAAGUAGCGAAUUCUUACUUUUGAUGAUGUCUAAAGUCCAUAAAUUACAACAGGUCGUGCAGUCCAGUUCAGAUCUUUACAGAGGGGAGGAAGAUGUCAAACAAGUCCUUAGUACACGUUAUUCCCUUCCUGCCAAUCUCCAUUUAAAUCUUCAUUCUUUGUGGCAAACAAAAUCAGUCAAAAAAAGCCAUAAAUUACAACAGGUCGUUUAGUCCCGUUCAGAUCUUUACGGGUCUGAUAGAGAUCGUUUGUAACAUUCUAUCAAAAGUAACACGUGUUUGUGCCGACUUCUUAUUUCUUAUGAUUUCUAAACGUUACGCAGAAAUAUAAUGUUCUAUCUUUAGUUCGACCAAUUUAGUUUGAAUGUUCUAAGAAGGGUUCAACCUUUUCCAAAACAAUAUACCAAAAAAGUGUCAAAGCUUGCGUUUUUAAUUCCUAUUGGCUGAGUGAUUUUGUUAAUUUGUACAAGUCUUUUUCUAAUCGAAAUUGCUUAAUUGGUCGCCAAGUGCCUUGAUUGAUGGCUUAACAAUAAAAAAAAUAAUAUUCCUAAACGACAUACAUAUGAGUAAGACAUUCAGGAUUUUGUAUGAGGUUGAAACUAAACCGUGAGUUGUUUCUUUUAAGAAUUGUUUAUCAAAUAUUUGUUUGGCUAACAAAUUUAAUCUUACGGAAAGGGUAUAACAUAAUUUUCAUUUAUUUCACUAAAAUUGUGCGUAAUUGAAAGCUCAGUUUCAUUUAAAUAACCAUGUUUGAUUUGAUGAUUUGAUGCAUGAUCUGAAAAUUCAUAGAGAAACCUGCUAAGUUGAAAAUCCUUUCAUAUUUCAAGAGUCCGGAAUUGACUGACAUAUACUAUAGAAGCAGAAAUACUUCUACAAAUAAAAUUUGGCUCAAGCGGUCGCGGGCAAAACCAAAAGAACUCGCGGGCCAUCAGUUUGACAUCUCUGACCUAGGCUAAAAACGUAAGGCGUGUUGCGUGUGGUUUUUAUGAAGUGUUGACUUGAUUUAAGCCGUCAACAUAUAACAAAACACUGGAUACUGAAGCCUCCCAUUAGUAACCGAACCAUGUUGUAACCACGCGGUCCUAAUAUUAUAUUAUUGGGUCAUCGAUACCACACAAAAUGGCCAGCAUGGCUAGUUUGUAAGUUUUACUAAUUUUAUUUCCUAUUAUUGAAGAAAACAUAACAUUUACGAAAACAAGUAUUUUAAUUUUGUACGAAUAAGCCUUAGAGAAGUUGACAGAACGAUGUAUUUAGCGACGUCUUGGAAUACAAUUUGCCGAAAAGACAAUGUUGAUGAUAACGUGCAAACGUGCAAAUUAAUCGGUUCCAAUAUGCAAUAUGCAAGAGGUAACUGUAAUAUAAAAAGCAGCAAACCUCCGAUUGAAUUAGGCGGAUUUCACAUGAAAAAUCGUUUGGAAGAAUAAGACAACUAAGAACUCGAUUAAGAUGAGUUUUACGAUAAAAAUUUAACGGACUAAGCUAACAGCAGCAUUGAAUAACAAACAAUGACCAAUAGUUGCAUCAUCUGGUUUUUGUUUGACAAUAAUGUUUUGUAGUAAUAUGCAUAUUUCAACGAAUGCGAUGUUAUACUAUAUUCCGUUCAAGUCAUCUAAAAUUUAUAUGAAUUAUCGUGCUACUUUGUAAAAAUGUGUGCAUAAUCCCAUUUUUUAUAGUUUGAAUUGAAAUAGGAACGUCGCAAGCAUUCAAGUAUUGUAAUGUGUUAUGCUUACGAGAGUAAGAACAUAUUUUAUACAUAGUACCAUAUGUUUUUAUUACGAUGAAGCUGCAACAAGUACUUGAGCGCCAGUGAAAAAAUAGCUAAAUGAAAAAAAAUGUAAUUAAUAGGGAAAUAGUUCUGCAAAUUAACUACAUCAAGCAUAACAAUUUUAAACUAAAUCUCUAAAAGACUAAAGACGCCGCUAUAUACAAAUAACAGUGGCGGAUUAAGGGGAUCGGGGGCCCUAGGCGGUAAGACGUGUUGAGACCCCCUGUAAAUGAUGUUCUAGGGGGGGAGGGGGGGGAGAGGUACUUGCACUGCUUGCUGUAAGGAUAUUUAACAGUAAACUUGAAAAAAUUGCUGGGGGGGAGUGCAAAUGAUUCACCAGCCUCGGGUCCCCAACGUCAUAGGCAUACUAUAGACUAGCGAUCUACGGGACCCCUAAAUCGGCGGGGCCCCAAGCGACCGCCUAGUCCGCCUACCGUUAGAUCUGCCACUGACAAAUAAAGUGUAGUAUGUUGCAUGUUUCCUCGUAAGAUAGCGAUCCAAACUGCGAAAUGAACAACAUAAAUUUGAUAUACUUUUUCAUCAUGUUUCUGGUUAUUUAAGAUUUUUAUAUUGCAUAUUCGCAUUUCAAUGUUGUUAGUUUUUGCUGUAUAUAGAACUAUUAAAAUAAUCUUUAUUUGGCAUCACUUAUAAUCUAAAUUUUGAGCGUCAUUAAAAUCCUAAUGAACCAAUUGAAUGUGCAGAGAUUGAUAAAUAUGACAAAAAAUUUUUUUUUCACAAACGAUUGUGAAAGCUAGUGAGUAUCUUUAAAGUGGGGAGAUAUAUGUAUUUGUAUGUCGUUAUAUGUUAUGUAUACCGAUAUAUCAAAUAGAAGGACUAUAUAAAGUAUACAUAAAUAGCUUAUAUAUUGUAACUUAUUAUGCUUAGU